CUUCUUCUGUAGGUGUUGCAGCAUCCCUGGAAGUGUCAGAGAGCCCUGGGAGUAUCCAGGUGGCCCGGGGCCAGACAGCAGUCCUGCCCUGCACUUUCACUACCAGCGCUGCCCUCAUUAACCUCAAUGUCAUUUGGAUGGUCAUUCCUCUCGCCAAUGCUAACCAGCCUGAACAGGUCAUUCUGUAUCAGGGUGGACAGAUGUUUGACGGUGCCCCCCGGUUCCAUGGUAGGGUAGGAUUUACAGGCACCAUGCCAGCCACCAAUGUCUCUAUCUUCAUUAAUAACACUCAGCUGUCAGAUACAGGCACCUACCAGUGUCUGGUCAACAACCUCCCAGACAGAGGGGGCAGGAACAUCGGGGUCACUGGUCUCACAGUGUUAGUUCCCCCUUCUGCCCCACACUGCCAAAUCCAAGGAUCCCAGGAUAUUGGCAGCGAUGUCAUCCUGCUCUGUAGCUCAGAGGAAGGCAUUCCUCGACCAACUUACCUUUGGGAGAAGUUAGACAAUACCCUCAAACUACCUCCAACAGCCACUCAGGACCAGGUCCAGGGAACAGUCACCAUCCGGAACAUCAGUGCCCUGUCUUCAGGUUUAUACCAGUGCGUGGCUUCCAAUGCCAUUGGAACCAGCACCUGUCUUCUGGAUCUCCAGGUUAUUUCACCCCAGCCCAGGAACAUUGGACUAAUAGCUGGAGCCAUUGGCACUGGUGCAGUUAUUAUCAUUUUUUGCAUUGCACUAAUUUUAGGGGCAUUCUUUUACUGGAGAAGCAAAAAUAAAGAGGAGGAAGAAGAAGAAAUUCCUAAUGAAAUAAGAGAGGAUGAUCUUCCACCUAAAUGUUCUUCUUCUGCCAAAGCAUUCCACACUGAGAUAUCCUCCUCGGAGAACAACACGUUGACUUCUUCCAACACUUACAACAGUCGAUACUGGAGCAACAAUCCAAAAGUUCACAGAAACACAGAGUCAUUCAACCACUUCAGUGACUUGCGCCAGUCUUUCUCCCUCCAGUCAGGCAAUGCCAGUAUACCAUCCAUUUAUGCUAACGGGAACCAUCCGGUCUCAGGUCCGCAUAAGACUCUGGUAGUAACAGCCAACAGGGAGUCAUCACCACAGGUCAUGUCCAGAAGCAAUGGCUCAGUCAGCAGGAAGCCUCGGCCUCAGCACACACAUUCCUACACCGUCAGCCACGCAACGCUGGAGCGAAUCGGUGCUGUACCUGUCAUGGUGCCAGCCCAGAGUCGGGCUGGGUCCCUGGUAUAGAACACGAAGGGCUGUUGUGCUCAGAAAUGAAUAAAUGGAAUGCCUCCAUACAAGGAGGAGGGUGGGGUGGGCAAGUGCUGGGAAAGAAACACUUUCCUUGUAAUUAUGCUAGUAAAAAGCACAAAGAAGGCGAUGCUGUUACCUGGAUGUGAGAUGUGUGGAAUGGACUGGAAUGCUCCACCGUGAAGACUUGAUUUCCCACCACAGGUGUCUGGGGGUUCUGUUCACAAAGCUGGAUCUCAAAGAUGUGCCAAGCCAAGGAAAAAGAUAUAAGAGCAGAAUAGCACUUAAAACCCGAACUGCAGUCCGGGUGGGCUUGUUCUUUAAUUCAUGCCUAACUUAAUAAUUUUUCAAAAGACUGAAGUGCCAGAUGGAGUUUAAAUAUUGAAAUUAUUUAAAAAGACAGGUCUUUAAGGAAAUAAUGAGCAACCCUGUGAUAUGUCCUGCCUCUCCCCAUUCCCUCAUUAUGUAGAGGGCUCAAUGGCAUAAAUGGUUAGCAUUGGUCCCAACAGGGCUGGCUCUUCUAUCAUAUAAUCAAAACUUUUUACACAAACAAAAUUAAGUAAGAAAUAGGGGAAAACAAAGGAAACUUCUUUGAGAAGCCCCUCAAUAUUUAUUUAUUUAUCUAUCUCUUCCUGAACCAUGAAUUUCAUAUUUGGAAUAUUGCUGUAUUGACAGAUUCUUGCCUGUCUGGGUUAUUCUAGGAUCUGUUACAGGUCCAUGGCAACUACUGUUCAUUUUUUCCUGGGAAAAUAUUUUUUUAAAGAAAACUUUUUUUUUUGAAUACAUGAGAGGCAUUGGGCUAGGAAAGACAACUUGUUUAGAACCUUUUUCGGGCCUUGUGUCUGGUGAGUCCACAGGAGGUACGUAACAUCGUGAAAGAGCGAGGCUGUGCGGGCAGCACAGAGGCAGGAGAGUGAGGCUGAGGGUUGCAGCUUUGCUGGGCGGCCUCUCGGAGAAGGGCUGUCCAGGUCUUCCUUGCUGCCACUCUAGGUUUCUCUCAAUGAGGGCAGCACCUGAUGCCUUUUGUACUAGGGUAGAUAACUUUCUCCUUGUUUGGCAUGUAGAGGUUACCAGGUGGUUACAGGGAGGGCAGGAGUUGUUUUGUUUUUGUUUUUUUUUUAAAGAGAUAAGACGGAGACAAAAAGAGUGUGUCCCAGUGUGCCCCAGGAAGGGUCAGCCCUAUAUCUGUAACAGCUCAAUAUUGCAGUGUUGCCCAAAUGCAGUUCACAACACUGUAAAGAGACUCCUUUUGUGGUUAAUUUCCUGGUUUGGCUGGCCUUGCGGUACACCAGAUUGAUUUACAAACUCCCCACUCUUAUUUUGUGCUAUGUAGAUCUGGCCAUACUACAUAGUGACUAUCUCGCCUUAAUCACACUUCAAGCAACCUACAAAUUUCUUCCCAGAUUUGUUUUCUAAAUUAUUUAUGAUACUGACCCCAUGAUUCCAUAAGAGUGUAUUUUCUUCCUGGAUGUGUUUUCUCACUCCCUCUUCCCGCCAUGCUUUUUGCCCUCUUUUCCUGCAAGCAUAAGUCUUCACAGGGAGUGGCCUCCUGACCUUUUUUCAGUUAUUUGAAUGAAUGGAAACCAUCAGCUGCUGCAUAUACUGUUUUUCCAAGAAGGCCACUCUCAGAACCUAACCAUUACAACCAUUUCAAUAUUGAUAAAAAGAUGAAUUUACUUUAGCAUUACUUAUUUUUUCCAUUUGAUGGUUCUUGAUUUUGUAAAAAUUGAAAUAAAUGAAUGUCUAUACUUUUUAUAAAGAAAAGUGAAAAUAUUGUGGCAAAGAAGAUACUAUCAGAUGCUGUGUAGGAAGCAUUUAUCUUGCAUUUCUUUAUUCUUUCUAAUUAUCUAAAAUUCAAUAAAAGUUUAUUCAUAUAAA